UCAUCUUCUUAUUCAGCAUCUAAAUGAGAGGCUUCAUCUGUUACAACUCCAGCACACAGCCAUAGAAAGCACACUCCUCUAUGAUUUAAUGAGUCGUAAGUGUAGCCUGGCUAUUGCCAGACUCGUUGGUCUGGGGAAGCUGCUGUCAUUGUCUUCAGCACAAGAGGCUUGAUCAACGUGUUCAACUGACUCUACGCAAAUUGUUGCUUGCCGUCGCUUCCCUGUCGUCAUUGUGUUAAACUAGCCAAUAGGGUGCCAGGGGGAGAAGCCAACUUGGUGAUUGGCGCUAUCGCACCAAAAUUGUACGGGGGGCGAAAAUGUUACCACCUACGUAAUUCGCGUUCGAAACAUUACGUCAUCGUUCGACACGAUUGUCCGUUGCUAGGCAGGUUUAAAAAAACGUUCGCGCUGAUGUUGCCAAAGAAGAAAUAACAGUAAAUAAUACAGUAAAUAAUACAGACAACACUUUUUUUUACUUUAUAUUUGUAAUGUAUUGAAUAUAGCUAGUAAAUUGAGUGUUUUAAAGUGUAUCAUAGUCUAGCUAGCUUGUGUUAAUACACUCAGUUUACUAGCUAAAUGCCAUUUAACAAUUAUAUCCAAUGCAAAUAUAAAGUUAGCAACGCUAAUAAAUGUCAUUUGUAAAAUAAGUGUUAUCUGCUUGAUGUUAAUUCGUCUUGUGACGCUGAAUGAAUGAGCGCAAAUGUUUGUGAAUAUUCAUGAACCUUCCUACGUCAUCGUUCUACGCGAUCGUCCGUUGCCAGGCAACGUUCAACGCGAUCGUCCGUUGCCAGGCAGGUUUGGAAAUUUCGAACGCAGAUUACGUAGGCGGUACAUGUUUCGCCCCCGGUACAAUUUGGGUGUGACAGCUUCUCCAAAAACGUCUCGGAAGCAGAAAGAUAUGAAUUGCUCUUCUCCAGACCCUUCUACAGGGCGGAUUCAAAUCGCCGUCAGAACAGGUUGGGGGAUCCCAGUCUAUCGUAAAUGGGGAUUAACAACUAUUCUGUGCAAAUGAAAGGAAAUGAAAAUGUGUUUCCUUCUUUAUGUGGAAAGCAGGAGACCCCAGACACCAUUUCAAUCAAGGUUGAAGAGGAUAUUGGUGGAGGCAUGCCCUCUGUAGACGACGGCAAUGACAUCAGAGACUGCAGCACGCAGCGCGGCGACACCUCAGAGAGUCUGGGUGUGGACGCCCCUGGCUCCUCCCACAUGGCCAAUCACAACGGGGAGCUGCGGAUCCUGAGCGUCUACGGAAAAGGGGAGGGACCACUGGCGGUGGAUGGUUGGUGGAAGGUUUCUCCCAACAAUGCCAAUAUGAUCGUCCACAUGAGGACCCAACCAGACGAGAAGCCGUACGGGUGUGACCAAUGCAAGAAGCGCUACGGACGGAAAGAUUCCCUGAGAAUCCACACAAUGACUCACUCCGGCGAGAAGCCCUACAGCUGUGAGCAAUGCACGAAGAGCUUCAGUCAAAGUGAACGCCUGAAGAACCACAUGAGGACUCACACCGGCGAGAAGCCCUACAGCUGUGACCAAUGCACGAAGAGCUUCAGUCGAUGUGAUCUUCUGAAGAACCACAUGAGGACUCACACCGGUGAGAAGCCCUACGGGUGCGACCAAUGCAUCAAGCGCUACAGUGAGAAGAAAUCCCUGAGGAUCCACAAAAUGACUCACUCCGGGGAGAAGCCCUACAGGUGUGACCAAUGCACGAAGCGCUUCAGUCGAAGUGAUCACCUGAAGAGCCACAUGAGGACUCACACCGGGGAGAAGACCUACAGCUGUGACCAAUGCACGAAGAGCUUCAGUCAAAGUGAACGCCUAAUGAACCACAUGAGGACUCACACCAGCGAGAAGCCGUACAGGUGCGACCAAUGCACGACGUGCUUCAGUCGGAGCUCGUCCCUGAGUAUCCACAUGAGGACUCACACGGGGGAGAAGCCCUACAGCUGUGACCAAUGCACGAAGAGCUUCAGUCGAAGUGAAUGCCUGAAGAACCACAUGAGGACUCACACCGGCGAGAAGCCCUAUGGCUGUGACCAAUGCACGAAGAGCUUCAGUCGAAGUGAAUGCCUGAAGAACCACAUGAGGACUCACACCGGUGAGAAGCCCUACGGGUGCGACCAAUGCAUCAAGCGCUACAGAGAGAGGAAAUCCCUGAGGAUCCACAAAAUGACUCACUCCGGGGAGAAGCCCUACAGGUGUGACCAAUGCACGAAGCGCUUCAGUCGAAGUGAUCACCUGAAGAGCCACAUGAGGACUCACACCGGGGAGAAGACCUACAGCUGUGACCAAUGCAGGAAGAGCUUCAGUCAAAGUGAACGCCUGAAGAACCACAUGAGGACUCACACCAGCGAGAAGCCCUACAGGUGCGACCAUUGCACGAAGUGCUUCAGUCGGAGCUCGUCCCUGAGGAUCCACAUGAGGACUCACACGGGGGAGAAGCCCUACAGGUGUGACCAAUGCACGAAGCGCUUCAGUUCGAAAGACAUGCUGAAGAUCCACAUGAGGACUCACACCAGCGAGAAGCCCUACAGGUGUGACCAAUGCACGAAGAGCUUCAUUCUGAAAAACAAACUGAAGAACCACAUGAGGACUCAUACCGGCGAGAAGCCCUACAGGUGUGACCAAUGCACGAAGAGCUUCAGUCAGAGCUCGUCCCUGAGGAUCCACAUGAGGACUCACACGGGGGAGAAGCCCUACGGGUGUGACCAAUGCACGAAGCGCUUCAGUCAAAGUGAAACCCUGAAGAACCACAUGAGGACUCACACCGGGGAGAAGCCCUACAGGUGUGACCAAUGCACGAAGAGCUUCAUUGAGCAAAGCAAACUGAAGAUCCACAUGAGGACUCACACUGGGGAGAAGCCCUACAGGUGUGACCAAUGCACGAAGAGCUUCAUUGAGCAAAACAAACUGAAGAUCCACAUGAGGACUCACACCGGCGAGAAGCCCUACGGGUGCGACCAAUGCACGAAGUGCUUCAGUCGAAAUGAACACCUGAAGAACCACAUGAGGACUCACACCGGCGAGAAGCCCUACAGCUGUGACCAAUGCACAAAGCGCUUCAGUCAAAGUGAAACCCUGAAGAACCACAUGAGGACUCACACCGGGGAGAAGCCCUACAGUUGCGACCAAUGCACAAAGCGCUUCGCUCGGCAUGGCACCCUGAACGUCCACAUGAAGACUCACACCGGCGAAGUUUAAUUUCUAACGAUAGGUUCGUUUUAUUUCUAACAUUAUGGGAAUCAGGCCCUUUGUCCAAAAUUCCAAACUACCCCUUUAAAGGGAUGCUUCGACACCUGUAUACAGGUGCUGCUUUUUUUUUCCAUCAUGAUUAAACGCUUUCCAACUUU